AUGAGGAGACACGAUCUACAAGAAUCAAGUUCCAAAAGACGGCGAAUAGAUUCAAUUAUAACCGGAGAUUUCACAAACCCUAAAGGCGAGAGCUCUUCUUCUGCGGCGGCUGCAAAGUUUUUAGACAAUGUGUGCUACAGAUUGUACAUCAAGGGUUUGGUAAGUAAUGUGUCGACAGUGGUGGACGGUAAUGAAAAGACCGUGAAGGUUGCUGGAUAUGGAGUUGCGAUUUGCGAUGAUAUGGAUACUUUGUUGUAUGAGAUUAAAGAAUCAUUCGGUGACGUUCAGAUUAGUCGUAGAGGUGUAGAGCUUAUGGGACUGAUCCUUGGUAGAGGGAAGACUAAGAAGAAGUAUGAACAUCUCGUGGAAGAAGCUCAAAGCAUUCUAGAAAAAAUGUAUUGUAAUGACGCGGUUUUGGUUGCUCGGAACGAUGUUAAGUUUGCUUUUAGACUUGCAAGAGAGGCCAUAGCUUCUCAAGGCAGCAGCAGUGUUGAUGUGAAGGCAGAACAAGAAGGAGUUUGUGGUAUUUGUCUUGAAGAAACCAAUGAGGAGCGCAUGUUCUCUACCGACAUAUGCCCUCACCGUCAUUGUUUUUCUUGUGUGAAAAAGCAUGUUGAAGUGAAGCUGCUUAGCGGGAUUGAGCCGACUUGCCUUGAGUAUGGAUGCAAGUUUGUGCUCACCCUUAAAAGCUGUAGCAAGGUUUUGACAUCUAAGCUGAUUGACAUGUGGAAACAUAAGAUGUAUGAGGAUUCAAUUCCCGCGUCCGAGAAAAUCUAUUGCCCAUAUCCAAGCUGUUCAACGCUGAUGUCCAAAUCCGCGCUUUCCAGUGAAGCUGACCAACCUAAUGUCCGGUCAUGUGUCAAAUGUUGUGGACUCUUCUGCAUUGAUUGCAAAGUACCAUCGCAUACUGAUUUGUCGUGUGAUGAUUACAAGAAACUUCACCCUGACCCUUUAGUAGAUGACUUGAAGCUACAGUCUCUAGCAAACAACAAUAUGUGGCGUCAAUGUAUCAAGUGUAGGCACAUGAUUGAACUUUCUUCUGGCUGCAACCACAUGACUUGCAGAUGUGGAUAUGAGUUUUGUUACCAAUGUGGGAUUGAAUGGAAGAACAACCAACAGAGUUGCCCGUCAGGUUGCGCAGGUAUUGGCGGCCAAGAGUUUGAGAAUCCUUCUCCUGAUGAGUAUGACCUUGAAGGUCACAAUUGGGGCUACCACUACAACAACUAUGGAGGAUUAACUCAUUCUGGCGAUGAAGGAGGCUUUAAUGAAGCCUUUUACAGAGGUUACUAUUCUCUUUAA